AUGCGCGUCACGUUUCUGGGCACCGGCUGCCCCGUCCCCUCGCCCCACCGCUUCGGCCCCUCCCAGGUUGUGCGCCACGGUGACACGGCCAUCCUGAUCGACUGCGGCUCGGGCGUCACGCAGCGCCUCGCGGCCGCCGGGCUGUCCGGCGCUGACCUGGACGCCGUGCUGCUCACCCACCUGCACUCCGACCACGUGAUGGACGUCUUUCAGCUCAUCCUCUCCAGCUGGCACCAGGGGCGGCAACGCCCGCAGAAAAUAUUCGGCCCGCCUGGAACUAAGGUUUACGUGGACGGGUUGAUGGCUCUGUGGCGAGCGGAGAUGGAUCAGCGCAUAGCGCACGAGCGGCGGCCUUCGACUUCCGCGCUUGAAACCGAAGUCACGGAAUUUGGACCAGGGUGGGUAGGGAGGUUUGGAGAAAUGGAGGUCAGCGCCGUACAAGUAGACCAUCGGCCGGUCGUGCAUGCUUACGGGUUCGCGUUGACCGCUUGCGGUCGGCGGCUGGUGGUCAGCGGGGACACGCGGCCGUGCGAGGGGCUGGUGGAGGCGGCGAGGGGCGCGGACGUGCUGGUGCACGAGGUGGUGGCGCGGGGGGGGAUGCCCGUGGUGGAGGGGGUGCGGACGGCGGAGACGGUGGCCAACGUGGAGUCGUACCACACGCGGUCUGACCAGGUGGGGGCUGUGGCAGCUGAAGCGGGUGUGGGUUGCCUGGUCCUGACGCACGUCACGCCGCCAGGCACCGACCGAGCUGCCCUGCUGGAGGAGGUGGGCAAACACUACGGGGGCCCAGUGGUGGUGGCUGAGGACCUGGCGACGAUCGACGUGGAGCGGAUGCGAGUGACGUUCGCCAGUGGAGGGGUGGUGGCACUGGGGAGGCAUUAG